UUUCUUCUUUCCUUUUUUUAAAGGAGGUUUUCUAAUAGUCUAGAUAUAGAAGUGAUUCCUCUUCAGAAAGGGACUGAACUGCAUGUUCUUCCACGUCUAUUUCUACUGUUGAAUUGCAAAAUUACUCUUCCAUUAAACUUCUCAUUUUCUCCAACUCUGCACUCCUUGUUCUCUGGAUCUUCCUCUCUAUUCUUACUCCAUUUCCUACCUGGCUCUUCUUUUCUUUCUUCUCUCGCCUUUCUCUCCCUUCCCUCAAAGUUUAUCCCUCUCCUCCAUCCUCCUCAACCCUUCUCUCCUCUCUAGCCCCGCCUUCCUCCCCUGUGGGUCCCCAGUUCUAGUCCCUCCCUUUUCCCUAGCUAGCUUCUCCCUCCAUCCUCUGACUCCUCCCCUCCUUUUCGGCUCCUCCAUCCCUCCUGUCUGGCUCUUAUAUUUCCUUUCUUUUCUGUAGCCCCUCCCCUUCCUCCCUCUUCCCCAAUCCAUGUACCAUCCCCCUUUCUCUCCCACCCUUGCCCUCAAGCCUUCCCAACCCGUCGCAAAAAGCUCGGCUUCAGAACGCCCUCCAGCGGUGCUUUCUGGCAGGGGCUGGGCGAGACCCUCUCGGGAGAGCUGGGGGCGUCGGCGACUGCGCAGAGCUUCCAGCGGACCCUAAAAGCGGUGUCGGCGUCUGCGCAGAGCGUCGAGCGGAAGCUGAAAGCUCCGGCAGAGCCUGCGCAGAGAAGCGAGCGGAAGCUGUGGGCGUCGCCGGCGGCUGCGCAGUGCGGCGGGCGGAAGCUGCGGGCGUCGCCGGCGGUGGCAGUGGCUGUGGCCUUGGCCGGGAGCGGCCCGGCAGCGGCCCGAUGUGGCUGCAGCAGCGGCUCAAGGGGCUGCCGGGGCUGCUGUCCAGUAGCUGGGCCCGCCGCGUGCUAGGUCUGCUUGGCUUCGUACUGCUACUCUCGUGGUACGUGGGCGGGCGGGCUAGGCGGACGGGCUCCGGGACUGGGCCGGGCCUGCACCUGCUGCCCUGGAGCUCGGGUCCCGGUGAGCCCCGCGCCGCGGCGUCGCAAGCCUGCGUGGAGGCAGCCACCCGCACGUGGCGGGCGCUGCAGGAGCGCGGUGAGGCAGUGCCGCUGAGCGCCCGGGCCCCUGACAGUGCCACGCCCUCGGACCCCUUCUCUUCCGCGCCGCCCGCCCUGGUGGGCAACGGCUUCCUGGCUUUGGACGUAAGCCGCAACCGGCUGUGGGUGACGCCCGGCGAACGGCAGCCGCCCGUGGCCCCGGAGCUGGCUCCCUUCGUGCAGCUGCGGCCGCUGAGCGCUCAGGCGGAGGCAGGCGCCGCGGCGCUGUUGCUGCGCCAGGGUCUGGUGCGCCGCGUGCGCUGCCUGCAGCCGCCCGAGCCGCCGCCCGGGGCCGGGCCCGGAGGGGCUUCGGGAGUCGGGGGGCCUGCGCCGGGGGCCGGGCCUGGGUCCCAGUGCGUGCUGCUGCAAGAGGACUUUCUGGCGCACCGCGCGCGCCCCCACCUCUAUGUGCAGCGCAUCCACAUCCACAACCCCACGGAACGUGUAGCAGCACUCUGGACCGUGGGCCCCACACCAAGGCCGCCCCUUAAGACUUUCACCAGCACCCUGGAGAAGGCCGGCGACCACCAGUUCUUGCUCCAUUCGGGACAUUCGCCUCCGUUGCCCAAUGGCAAGGUCAACCUGGUGGUGGUGGCCGCCAAGAAGCUGGUGGACCUGCUCCAGGUGGCCCCUAAGUCCCUGCUGGAUGAGGCCGUGCUUUGGGUGGUCUACAUCUCAGAGCCCUUGGACCUGCGGGCCCUGAAGGCCAAGGGGGCUAAGGAGAUAAAGGAGCUGAAGACUCUCCAGGACAUGGCCCGCAAGGAGAUUCUGGAGUUGAUGGAGAUCCCUGUGGCUGAUCUCCUACAGGACCACCAGCAGCUCUGGGCUCAGCUCUUUGCCUCAGGGGUUGAAAUGAAAAAGAUCAAUGAUGCUCACACACCAUCUAGCCUGACUGUCAACUUGACACUGUACUACAUGCUAUCCUGCUCUCCAGCCCCUCUGUUGAGUCCCACCCUGAGCCGGUGGGAACGAGACCAAAUGGAGUCAACUCUGAGUUAUGAAGACCAUUGCUUUAGCGGUCAUGCAACCAUGCAUGCAGAGAACCUUUGGCCAGGAAGAUUGUCCAGCGUUCUCCAGAUCCUGCAGCUCUCUGAUGUGUGGAAAUUAACACUCCAAAAACGGGGGUGCAAGGGACUGGUGAAAGUGGGGGCCCCUGGGAUUAUGCAAGGAAUGGUGCUCAGUUUUGGAGGUCUGCAGUUUACAGAAAACCACCUUCAGUUCCAGGCAGAUCCUGGUGUGCUCCACAACAGCUACAUCUUACAUGGGAUCCACUAUAAGAAUGAUCAUAUCAACUUGGCUGUCCUUGUGGAUGGAGAGGGGAAGCCAUUCCUGCAUGUGUCAGUGAAGCCCCAUAGCCCACCCACCAAGAUCUAUGCCUGUGAGGCUGGGUGCCUGAAUGAGCCUGUGGAGCUGACCUCAGAGUCCCAAGGCCACACUUUCCCUGUCAUGGUGACCCAGCCCAUCACGCCCCUCCUCUACAUCUCCACAGAUCUGUUGCACUUGCAAGACCUGAGGCAUACCCUGCACCUGAAAGCAAUUCUGGCCCAUGAGGAUCACAUGGCCAAACAGUACCCCGGCCUACCCUUCCUCUUCUGGUUCAGUGUGGCCUCACUCAUCACACUGUUCCACCUCUUUCUGUUCAAACUCAUCUACAAUGAAUACUGUGGGCCCGGAGCCAAGUCGCUCUUCAGGAGUAAGGAAGAUCCCAGUGUCUGAGUGAGUUAACAGUACCGCUUUCAGCCUCCAUUUGCACAAGACACCCAGCACCCGAAAAGUCCUGCUGCUUCGAACAAGGGACCUUUUGAAAGCAACAACCCUAUUGUGCCUUGUUGGGGGAAACCAGUGACUCGGAAGUGUUUGUGGCUGUUGAGGAGUUUUACUCUGGAAUGAAUGAGUGUCACUUUGGGAAUGAGGGAGGGAGAGAGGCCAUGUUGACUUUUUGUAAACUUCCACCUUAAUAAAGUGAACCUAUUUGGAAAUUA